UGCAAUCGCUGUACAAACUGUCACCAUAAUAUCCUUAAACCCUUGACACUACCCCAUCACUCUCGCUCACUAUCUCUCUCUGUUUUCGCCUGCGCUCCCGCCGCCGCCAUGAGCCUCUCCUCAUCUGCCUCCAUCUCCUCCGCCUCAUCCAUCUGCAAUGGGAGCUACUCCACCAAGCUCUAUGGGACCCGCGUCAGCGUCGAUUUCUCCUUUCCCAACAGCAAGCAGCUGAGGACGGUUAUUUGCUCAGCCGAUGCGAAUAGAGGAGCGACGGUGAUAGAGCAAGGGGUUAGCUACUCGGCUUCGGUGCCGAGUCGGAUCGCUUCGCUGGGUCAGGUCACCGGCGUUCUUGGAUGUCAGUGGGGGGACGAGGGCAAGGGAAAGCUCGUUGAUAUUCUUGCCAAGCACUUCGACGUCGUCGCGCGGUGUCAGGGUGGAGCUAACGCUGGGCACACUAUUUACAAUGCAGAAGGCAAGAAGUUUGCGCUUCACCUUGUUCCCUCAGGAAUUCUUAAUGAGGAAACUGUCUGUGUAAUUGGUAACGGGGUUGUGGUGCAUCUACCAUCAUUCUUUGAAGAAAUUGAUGGUCUGCAAUCCAAGGGUGUCUCUUGUGAAGGAAGGAUCUUGGUUUCUGACCGUGCUCAUUUGUUAUUUGAUAUACAUCAAGUCGUAGAUGGGCUUAGGGAAGCCGAGCUUGCUAAGUCGUUCAUUGGAACCACCGGGAGAGGCAUUGGACCUGCCUAUUCAAGCAAGGUUCUCCGGAAUGGCAUAAGAGUAGGUGAUUUGAGGCAUAUGGAUAAACUUAGGGAGAAGCUUGAGGUUUUAAUAUCUGAUGCUGCUGCAAGAUUCGAACUUUAUAAGCAUCAGCCUGAUGUUCCCAGGCAAGUAUUUGAAGAUUACAGACAAUAUGCUAAGCGGUUGGAACCUUUCAUUACCGAUACUGUGCGCUACAUAAAUGAUGCUAUAUCUCAGAAGAAAAGAAUUUUGGUAGAAGGCGGUCAGGCAACCAUGUUAGAUAUUGACUUUGGAACUUACCCCUUUGUGACUUCUUCUAGUCCAUCUGCGGGGGGAAUCUGUACAGGUCUUGGUAUUGCUCCUAGAGUUGUUGGUGAUCUUAUAGGGGUGGUCAAAGCAUACACUACACGAGUUGGUUCGGGUCCUUUUCCUACAGAAAUCUUGGGGGAAGGUGGUGAGCUACUCAGGACUGCUGGACAGGAGUUUGGUACAACAACUGGUCGCCCUCGUCGUUGUGGCUGGCUCGACAUUGUUGCAUUGAGAUAUUGCUGUAUGAUAAAUGGAUUCUCAUCUUUAAAUCUUACCAAACUUGAUGUGUUGUCUGAGCUACCAGAAAUUCAAUUGGGCGUUUCAUACAAACAGAAUGAUGGUACUCGAAUUCAGUCAUUCCCUGCGGACCUUUCUGUUCUGGAGCAGAUUCAGGUUGAAUACGAAACUAUGCCUGGGUGGCAGUGUGACAUUUCGUCCAUCAGAGAGUACUCUGACCUGCCAAAGGCUGCACGUAACUAUGUAGAACGGAUUGAAGAACUCGUUGGGGUACCCAUUCACUACAUUGGCGUUGGACCAGGACGUGAUGCCCUUAUAUACAAAUAAAAAGCUUUUAGCACUUCCUUAGUAAUUUUUUGAGGAUAUUCUUGGCUGAGAAUGUGCUUCUCGUGCUGCAGGAUUUUAUGCCCAGGUUUGCGCUGGUUGUUUUAUUGAAUAAAACCUCAGAAAUUCAAUUUGGUGACAAGAAAUUAGUGUAAAAUUUAUCAUUUUUGAUCUCUACAGCUGAUUUUGAUUUUUUAUCAAAGUGUGAACGUUUGUA